UUAAAAAUCAAAUUUAGAAUUCCAAGUUGGACCAUUCUUCGGAAAAACCUUCCCAGAAUUUUGCCUCAUUCCUAAAUCCUUCCAACGUUUUCAGCUUUGAUUUUCGUAAAUUGUUCGUUCCACCAAUCUUUCAGAGUUCCGGCGACGACCAAUCAGGAAAUAAUAGCCUCAAAAUGGAGUUAGCAGACAAGACGGUUGGAUUUUUGUUAUCGCUAACGAGCUUGUCUAUAUUCACUUACUAUACUUUCUGGGUUGUUAUCCUGCCAUUUGUAGAUAGUGAUCACUUCAUCCACAACUAUUUCUUACCACAGGAAUACGCUAUAUUGAUACCUGUAUUUGCUGGUGUGGUACUUCUAUGCUUAUUAGGCAUUUUUGUAGGAACUGUGAUGCUCAAAUCCAAAAAGAAGAAAGCAUGAGUUUACUUUUUUUGGCAGUUCCUUUUUCUUUUUCUUUACUGUUUCAAAGCUCAGUAGCAAAUCAAACCAUCGACUUUUAUGAUGGUAACAUAUGACUUGUUCGCUAAGAUUGUCUAGUGUGUCAAAUGGUUGUUUGUUACCUUCUUAGCAAAGCUAGUUAGAUUAAAUAUUAUAAUGUGGUUUAGUAGUUCUUAGCACAACUUCUUUUUUCUUUACCAA